AUGACCCUGGACGCAGAAACUGCGCAUCCUGCGCUCUUCCUGUCUGAACAGAGACGUGUAACAUGGCAAGAAGAGAAGCAAGAUCUCCGUGACUCCCCACAGAGAUUUCAUUCCCUGCCCUGUGUGCUGGGUCAGCUGAGUAUCACCUCGGGGAGAUACUACUGGGAGGUAGAAAUUGGGGACACAGCUUCCUGUGAUCUGGGAAUCUGUAGGGACAAUGUAACAAGGAAGGGGCAAGUCACAAUAUCCCCACAAAAUGGUUUCUGGGCCAUCAGGAUUUAUGAGGGGGAGUACUGGGCUCUCACUUCCCCAGAAACUCGUCUUACUCUGAGACAGCACCCCCGUAGGGUAGUGAUAUUCCUAGAUUAUGAAUAUGGAGACGUGUCAUUCUAUAACAUGACAGAUGGGUCCCAUAUUUUCACCUUUACCCCGAUUUUGUUCCAAGGUGCCUUAAGACCUCUUUUCAGGCUUUGGAAGUCUGACUCAGUCACCUUGACCAUUGUCCACUGAAGGAGAGCAGAGUGGUGCUGUAAUUCAGAAGUGUACCCUUAUCACAAAAUGAGAGUCUUAAUGUUGAUUGCAAUUCUACCUAACAAUCCAAAAAUUGCAUUUUUCUUUUUCCUUAUUUGUUAAUUGUCAAAAUGAAGCUGAGGGGCACAGAUUCUGAUUUUGCAUUAUAUUCACUUUUUUUCUCCCUUAUUAAUAGAUCUCUUGACCUGUGACAGCCUGGUUUAAAAAUUAGAUUUCCUAACUCCUCGGUUGCAUGUGACUAGAUGUUGGCCAGUUUAAUAUAUGUUGAAUUGUGCAAUCUGAUUUCCAAGAUUUGCCUUUAAAGGGAAAUGGUAUGUCUUUCUAUGCUGUUUAUUUUUUCUGCUGGCUAGAUAUGACAUGAUGGAUAUUUACUUGAAGCAUAUU